GUUUUUGAGAUUCGGAUCUGGAAAUUCGUUAUUUUGAUAACUAAAAAACUUUAAAAUCAAAAACCCUACUUGGUUGCUCUUCAAUCCUGACUCUAAAAACCUAUUCGCCUCUUCCCGUCGGCCCGUCGCUCUCUACCCUUUGACAUCCGUCCCUCACCGGUCUCUUUUCCGUCAUUCGACAGUCUCGGUCGUUCUUGAGUACGAUAACUGCCAUAUCUUCCUCACCACCGGCCACUGCCUUUUCCCCAGUUUUAACAAAUGGGGAAGAAGAAGUUUAUAGACAAGAAAAAUUCGGUAACAUUCCAGCUUCUUGCACGGGACACUUCUGAUCCUGUGUACAAUGAAGAUCCAGAAAAUGAUAGGGUAUUUGUUCGUGUUGAUAAUAAUCCGGUUUCGAUUAAUGGGUUAGAUGAGGACCUUGAUGAUUCAAUUUAUGCUGAUGCUCCUGAAGAUGGAGUUUAUGAGGAUUAUAGUGGCUCAACACCUUUGCCUGAUAAAGUUAGAAGAGAGAUAUUGGAGCUUGGAUUCCCAGAUGAUGGUUAUAAUUACCUAACUCAUUUGAGGGAGAUUCGGAAUACUGGUGGCGGUUCAGCGUAUUUCCAUAAUCCUAAGGCUGAUCUUCAACAGCUUACUCAUGAUAUUAAGGCAUAUGAUGCUUCCAGGGUGAGGGUGCGUGAAGUUGGUGAAGAUACAAAUCCUGAAACACUGUACAAUGUUGCAGAGUCCACUGUGAAUGUGAGAGUGCAUAAAGCUUUAGAUCCUGAAAUUGCCCAAAUACUUGAAGAAAGUAAUUCAGAGUUUGGUUCAGAUGUUGAAAACUUGGAGGAGGAUUUUGUUCUUCUGGCAAAUUGUGCGGGUGAAAUGGGAGACGUAGAUGAAGACAAAAGUAUAUCUUCGGUCGAGAAUACCCAGAAAGAGGUGCCAAAUGAAUAUGAUGCUGUUGACUCACAUCAAGUAAUGAGCAAUUCCAUGGUGGAGAUGGUCGGAAGUGUUGAUGAAAAGUCAAGAUGUCAACGUCUGUUGGACGAACAGUUUGAUAUGCUUGAGCGUCAAGAGUAUGGGUCAGAUAGCGAUGAAUUUGAUGAUUAUGUAGCUGAAGAAGAUGUGAUGUCGCUUGCAGAAAAACUCAAUAUUGCUUUAAAGGGUCAUGAUAAAGAUGAUUUAGAGCUUGAUGGAAACUACAAAGCUCCAGCUGAAAUACUUCGCCGUUGUGUGGAAUAUGCAGAGAAAUAUGAGGAAGAGGAUGGUGUUGAUAAAGAAGUGGUGAUUGUGGAAGAAAGUAGCGAUGAGUCAGAAAUUUGGGACUGUGAGACCAUUGUAUCUACAUACUCGAAUCUCGACAAUCACCCAGGAAGAAUUGGAGCUCCAGGAACAUCUAGAAAGAAGAGAUUGGCCGAGACAAUCUCAGGGGCUCUGAAAAACAGUAGUGACAACAUCAUAUCUCUUGGAGGAAGGGAGAGGCUUCCUAUGGAUUAUUUGCCAAAUGGAAAGAAGGUACCUAAAGAGAAGGUGAAAGCAAUAGCCAAAAUCGAACAGCCAGAAAGAAAAUCACAUGGUCAGGAGUCUAAGGAAGAGAAAAAAGAACGGAAGGCUGCUGUAAAGGAGGAAAGGCGAGAAGCCAGACGUCUGAAGAAAGAAAUGAAGGAGAUCUAUCGCAAUGAAGCUAAACGUGCUCAGAAAGUGGCUGCUGUUUCCGGCCCAUCAUCAUUCCAUAUCAUAUAGGUCUGUUCUGCCAUUUUUUGUCAGGAUUACCUUUCUUCAUCUUCUACUACUGCAAUCAACUUGAUUUUCAAGGUUAUUAACAAAAGAGUUUACAUUAAGUCAAAAACAUGUUCUUCUGAGUUCUGAUAGGUUGAUUAUUUUCAUUUUAAAAGUUGAUAAUACUUUGUCUUGAAAUAAGUUGUUUAAGAAUCAUACCCUUUUUCUAAUUAAAAGAUUUAGUGAUAGGAUGGAGAUGAUACAUGACAUCUGGGUGAAAUCAUUUGAACUUUUUAAUAAGAGGAAAUUAGACGUUGUUGCUACUCUUAUUAUUUCGGGAUUAGAGGAGUGUAAUUUGGAGCAAUAUGUAGAUCUGUUGUCCUCUUAUCCUAAAUCAUUAAGAAUUACCCACCUUUAUUCUUCUGGUUGUAUUGAUUCAUUGAGUGGUGUUGUCGUUCAAGCUAUGGUUCGUUUUGUUCCACUCUACUGUAUAAACUUCUACUGCAGCAGGAUAAGUAUUUUCCUGAAAUGUUAAUUGAUUGAAUUAUGUUAAAUUACAGACUUGAUUCUUGAAUGUCUUUGUUGAGCGAUAAAUCAACCUUUAUGGAAAUCUGAAUCAAGUCCGUGUAAUUAUGUACCAAUUUUAAAUGUUGCAUUGAUGCUUGCAGAUCAUUGCUAUCAUAAUGUGAUGUUUCACUUCAUUCAUCUAUGCCACUUUAUGAAUCGUAUCUUAUAUUCUAUAAUUUUGAUACAACUCUUUACAUUCUACUGAUUGCUACAACAAUUAAAACCCUAAUAGUAAGUGAUUAUCUAAUACUAGGCGUAAUGACGUUCUUCAGGUAAGAUUGACAUCCUCAAUCAAAUUUUUAAGACCUGCAGUGCCUUUACUACCUCAUGUAUUUAGAUGAGCGCAUAGAAGCUGUGAUAUACACUUACCCUCCUGGUGAUAAGUGUUGGAGUUGCGAACUAAUAUCUCAAAUUUUGUUAGUUUGUAUUGUAAUUUUCUUUCUUACACUACUAGUACUUAUAGAUCUUAUGUUUUCCUCAUUCUGAGCAAGAAAUGUGAACCAUCUUUCAGCCGACGUGCUUAAGCUGAAAUCAGCACAAAAUAGUUCAGGAAGUUGCUGAUUACUUGAAUCAAAACUCUAUGCUUGUGUUUUUGUGAAACAAUUAUAUUGCUGUAGAACUGAAAACUCUUAUGUAUAUUAUAUACUCACUUACAUAA